AUGGUGUCCGCCCCCGCCAGGGGGGGGAAGUGUCGCAAGAAGGGCGGGGCGCCCUUCGCGAAGAGCGGGGUGCCGGCGGGGUGGGGCCAGGGUGGCCGCGGUGGCGGGAGGCAGGGGGGGCCGGGGGCGGGCCGCCAGGGGAGGCGGGCGGGGGAGUUCUGGGGCCCGGAGUUCAUCCCUGCGAUGGCCGGCGUGUCGGUGCCCAGCGCGGCCUGGGACAUGGAGACGCUGAAGGCGGCGAUCAUCCACGCCAAGGCCGGCACGGGCAAGGUCGAGGAGGCGAUCUCGCAGUGCACAUUCAGGCCCCGCGAGCAGGCCUUCACGACGCUGAUCGACCUCUGCGGCAAGAUGCGCGACUGGAGGAAGGCCAAGGAGGUGUUCAGCGCCAUGAAGGGCGUCCGCAGCGUGCGCCCCAACAAGUACACGUACAGCGCUCUCAUCAGCGCCUGUUCCAGCUCCGGCGAGUGGGACCAGGCUCUGGGCGUCUUCGAGGACAUGAAGCGCGCCGCCAAGAGCGACCCCAGCUGCAAGCCCAACCAGGUCACCUUCGGGGCGCUGAUCGCUGCCUGCGAGCGAGGCGGCAAGUUCGACAUGGCCCUCCGGGUGUACGAGGAGAUGCUGGACGCCGGCAUCGUGCCCGACCAGGCGACCUUCACCUCCGUCCUGGGCGCCUGCGAGGGCUCGCACCAGUGGGACCGCGCGGAGGCGAUCCUGGAUCAGAUGCACUGCCGGGGGCUCACGGGCCCGCCGGGCCUGUACUGCGAGCUGAUACAGAACGCCAAGGGCUGGGACAAGGCCGUGGAGCUGUUCCUGACGAUGCAGGCGGUGGGCUGCGACGUGGACCCGCACACCUGCAGGGCGCUGAUGGCCGCCCUGGAGGCGGGGAGCCGCUGGGCAAUGGGCCUGGACCUGCUGAGGAGCAUGCAGGAGGCCGGGAUCCCGAUCGACCUGGACACCUACAACUCGGCGCUCAAAGCGCUGGCGCGGGUGGGGCGGGUCGAUGAGGUCGCCGAGGUAGUGGGGCAGAUCCGGGCGGCCAUGCUGGAGCCCGACGAGACGACGCGGGAGUGGGUGGAGCUAGCCUGCCGGGUGCGAGGCGACGCCGGGCGGGCGCACGAGCUUCUCGCGCAGGUGCGCGGCCCCAAACUGUGA